AUGGUUCACGAGGAUGAGAGCAGCGACGACUACCCCAGCCUGCAGUACAUGAACUCCUCCAAUGACGAUAGCAUGUUGUACCGGAUCCCUGCCAGCAUUGAAGACCAAGACUACAUGGGCAUUGAGACUGGAACCAUUGUUCCCUGCGAGCAGCAUGGGCUGCCAUGUGAGAGGCGUGUAGCCUUUGAGGGAUUUGAGACGGGCAGGAGGUUUUUAGCCUGUCCUCUUAAAGAAGGUCAGAACUGUGGUUCUGUUCAAUGGGUUGACCCAGAGUGGCCUCCUACAAUGCAAAAUGCACUGUUGAAGCUAUGGGAAAUAAGAAAAAAUAAACUGGAGGCCAACUAUGACAAAUUAGUUGAAGAUGUUCAUGAACUUUUGAAUGCCCAAGAGGAUAGGGUGCUGGAUUUCAGAUAUUGGCAGUCUAAGAGUGCAGAGGAGAGGAAUGCUGAGGUGACCAACUCAGUUGUCUCAGAUAUGAAGACAGAGAUGGAGAAGAAAGAGGCAGAGAUCUUCAAGCUGCAAGGGAAGUAUGAAGUCCUUAUGAACCUGACAAAAGCCCAAGGCACUGUCAUCAGGAACCUGAAGUUUAACCAUUUGAAAGAGAAGGAAGUGCUUAGUGCAUACAUGAGGAACUUGCAGUUCCAGGUUGCUGAACUAACUAAGUCUGUGGAGAAGUUAACCCAAGAAAAUCUCAAGUUGAAGCAGGAUGCUGAACUCACCCAGUCUCAGGAAAAGCUUACCCAAGAGAAUCUCCAGCUGAAGGAUCACAUUGGUGAUAUGAAAAAGGGACAUGAUAAGCUCAUCCAAGAGAAUCUCCAGCUGAAGGAUCACAUGGGUGAUCUGAAAAAGGGCCAUGACAAGCUCACUAAAGAUAGGGCUCAGCUCAAGCUUCAGAUUGCUAAUCUGUUGAAGGCAGAGGAGAAGAACAAGCAGAAGAUGAAGGGGAUCCAGGCCAUCUUGGAUGAAUGA